AUGUUCCCCACAGCCAUUCGUCUUCAGGCUGCCCGCGUCACCCUCUUCACCCGCGCCAACUGCGGCCUCUGCGACACCGCCAAACUCACCGUCUCGCAGCUGCACAAGCGCCGCCCCUUCGACUACGCCGAGAUGGACAUCCAGCUGCCCGCCAACAAGGCCUGGAAGGACGUCUACGACUUCGAUGUGCCUGUCCUGCACGUGCAGUCCGUCGCGGGCGAUGCCCUGUCCGACCCGAAGAAGCUGUUCCAUCGGUGGACGGAGCAGGAGAUGGAGACGCUCAUCGACGCGGCGGAGAAGUAG